CCGGCAUAUAAUAACCAACUCCAUCGAAAGGAUUAAUCCUCUACACAUAUAAAUUAAAAUCCAAGAUGGCAGACGAACCAACUAAAACAAGAGGACAGCGUGUCCAGACCUUCGGAAGGAAGAAGCGUGCCGUUGCAGUUGCCCUUUGCACCAGGGGUAGCGGUAUGAUCAGGGUUAACGGCCGUCCCUUGGACCACAUCCGCCCUGAUGCUUUGAGGACCAAGGUUUUGGAGCCACUAUACGUCCUUGGCUCCAAGCGUUUCUCCACUAUCGACAUUAGGAUCCGUGUCCGUGGUGGUGGUUUCACUGCUCAGAUCUACGCUAUUAGACAAGCUAUUGCCAAGGCUAUUGUCGCUUUCCACCAGAAAUUUGUUGACGAGGCCUCCAAGAAGAAGAUUGUCGAUGAGCUCGUGAGCUACGACAGGUCUCUCCUUAUCGCUGACCCCCGUCGCUGUGAGCCCAAAAAGUUCGGUGGUCCAGGUGCUCGUGCACGUUACCAGAAGUCAUACCGUUGAUCGUACUGAUCAAUAUUACGAUUCAGCGCAAGAUGCGGUAAUAUUACUUAUUCUUAAGCUGUAGCUAUAUAAG